AUGUUUUUUUUUACUUAUUCUUUUUUUCUUUCUUUCUUUCUUUCUUUCUUUCUUUCUUUCUUCCUUUCUUCCUUUUUUCCUUUUUAUUCUAAUCUUUACUUUCCUUCUUUCUCACCAUACUUGAUUGGGUCUUGCUUUUUUACAGGAGACAGAAUUCUUCUUUGUCGCCUAGUUUCCUUUCUUUCUUUCUUUCUUUUUUCUUUCUUUCUUUUGUUUUUCUUUCUUUCUUUUUUCUUUCUUACCUUCUUUAUUUCUUUCUUUAGUUUCUCUUUCUUUUUUUUCUUACUUUCUUUAUUUCUUUCUUUAGUUUUUCUUUCUUUUUUCUUUCUUACUUUCUUUAUUUCUUUCUUUAUUUUUCUUUCUUUUUUCUUUCUUACUUUAUUUCUUUCUUUAGUUUUUCUUUCUUUUUCUUUCUUACUUUCUUUAUUUCUUUCUUUAGUUUCUCUUUCUUUUUUCUUUCUUACUUUCUUUCUUUCUUUAUUUUUCUUUCUUUUUUCUUUCUUACUUUCUUUAUUUCUUUCUUUAGUUUCUCUUUCUUUUUUCUUUCUUACUUUCUUUAUUUCUUUCUUUAGUUUUUCUUUCUUAUCUUCUUUAUUUCUUUCUUUAGUUUUUCUUUCUUUUUUCUUUCUUACCUUCUUUAUUUCUUUCUUUAGUUUCUCUUUCUUUUUUCUUUCUUACUUUCUUUUUUCUCUUUCUUUUUUCUUUCUUACUUUCUUUAUUUCUUUCUUUAGUUUUUCUUUCUUAUCUUCUUUAUUUCUUUCUUUAGUUUUUCUUUCUUUUUUCUUUCUUACCUUCUUUAUUUCUUUCUUUAUUUUUCUUUCUUUUUUCUUUCUUACUUUAUUUCUUUCUUUAGUUUUUCUUUCUUUUUCUUUCUUACCUUCUUUAUUUCUUUCUUUAGUUUCUCUUUCUUUUUCUUUCUUACUUUCUUUAUUUCUUUCUUUAGUUUUUCUUUCUUUUUCUUUCUUACCUUUCUUUAUUUUUUCUUUAAUUUUCUUUUUUUCUUUCUUUUCUUUUAUUUCUUUUUUUAGUUUCUCUUUCUUUUUUCUUUUCUUUCUUUAUUUCUUUCUUUUAGUUUUUCUUUCUUUUUUCUUUCUUACUUUCUUUAUUUCUUUCUUUAGUUUCUCUUUCUUUUUUCUUUCUUACUUUCUUUAUUUCUUUCUUUAUUUCUCUUUCUUUUUUCUUUCUUCUUUCUUUAUUUCUUUUUUAGUUUCUCUUUCUUUUUUCUUUCUUACUUUCUUUCUUUUUUCUUUCUUUAGUUUUUCUUUCUUUUUCUUUCUUUCUUUUCUUUAUUUCUUUCUUUUUUUUUUCUUUUUUUUUCUUUUUUCUUUCUUAUUUCUUUUCUUUAUUUCUUUCUUUUAUUUUCUUUCUUUUUCUUUCUUUCUUUCUUUAUUUCUUUCUUUAGUUUUUCUUUCUUUUUUCUUUCUUACUUUCUUUCUUUCUUUCUUUUGUUUUCUUUCUUUUAGUUUCUCUUUCUUUUUCUUUCUUAAGACAGUUUUCUUUCUUUCUUUAUUUUUUCUUUUUUUUUUCUUUCUUUCUUACUUUCUUUUUUUCUUUUUUAGUUUUCUUUCUUUUUCUUUCUUACUUUCUUUAUUUCUUUCUUUAGUUUUUUUCUUUUUUUUUUCUUUCCUUCUUUAUUUCUUUCUUUAUUUUCUUUUCUUUCUUUCUUUCUUUAUUUCUUUCUUUAGUUUUUCUUUCUUUUUCUUUCUUACCUUCUUUAUUUCUUUUUUUAGUUUUCUUUUCUUUUUUUCUUUUUCUUUAUUUCUUUCUUUAGUUUUUUCUUUUUUCUUUCUUUCUUUCUUUUUUUUUUUUCUUUCUUUUAUUUUUUCUUUCUUUUUCUUUCUUUCUUUAUUUCUUUCUUUAGUUUUUCUUUUUUUUCUUUUUCUUUCUUUUCUUUCUUUCUUUUUUGUUUCUUUUUUUUUUCUUUCUUUCUUUUUUCUUUUCUUUUUUUUCUUUCUUUUUUUUUCUUUUCUUUCUUUCUUUCUUUCUUUCUUUUCUCUUUCUUUUUUUUUCUUUCUUUCUUUCUUUAUUUCUUUCUUUAGUUUUUUUCUUUUUUCUUUCUUCUUUAUUUCUUUCUUUGUUUUCUUUCUUUUUCUUUCUUACCUUCUUUAUUUUUUUUUUUUUUUUUUUUUUCUUUUUUUCUUUCUUUCUUUCUUUUUUCUUUUUUUUCCUUUUUCUUUUUUUUUUCUUUCUUUUUUCUUUAUUUCUUUCUUUCUUUCUUUAUUUUUUUCUUUUUUUUUUUCUUUCUUUUUCUUUCUUUUUUUCUUUUCUUUCUUUUUUUUUCUUUUCUUUAAAUUUCUUUCUUUAGUUUCUUUUCUUUUUCUUUCUUUCUUUUUUUUCUUUCUUUUUUCUUUUUUUUUUUCUUUCUUUAGUUUCUUUCUUUCUUUUUUUUCUUUCUUUUCUUUUCUUUCUUUUUUUCUUUUUAGAUUUUUCUUUUUCUUUCUUUUUCUUUUCUUUUUUUCUUUCUUUUUUUUUUCUUUAGUUUUCUUUCUUUUUCUUUCUUACCUUCUUUCUUUCUUUUUUUUCUUUCUUUUUUCUUUCUUACUUUCUUUUAUUUCUUUCUUUGGUUUCUCUUUCUUUUUUUUCUUUCUUACUUUCUUUUAUUUUCUUUCUUUUUUUUUCUUUCUUUUUUCUUUUUCUUACCUUCUUUAUUUCUUUCUUUGGUUUCUUUUCUUUUUCUUUUCUUACUUUAUUUCUUUCUUUAGUUUUUCUUUCUUUUCUUUCUUACUUUCUUUAUUUCUUUCUUUAGUUUCUCUUUCUUUUCUUUCUUCUUUCUUUCUUUCUUUAGUUUUCUUUCUUUUUUUUUCUUACCUUCUUUAUUUCUUUCUUUUAGUUUCUCUUUCUUUUUUUUCUUUCUUACUUUCUUUAUUUCUUUCUUUAGUUUCUCUUUCUUUUUUUCUUUCUUACUUUCUUUAUUUCUUUCUUUUAGUUUUUUCUUUCUUAUCUUCUUUAUUUCUUUCUUUUUUUUUCUUUUUUUCUUUCUUACCUUGUUUAUUUCUUUCUUUAUUUUCUUUCUUUUCUUUCUUACUUUCUUUAUUUCUUUCUUUAGUUUCUCUUUCUUUUUCUUUCUUGCUUUCUUUCUUUUCUUUAGUUUUUCUUUCUUUUUUCUUUCUUACCUUCUUUAUUUCUUUCUUUAGUUUCUCUUUCUUUUUCUUUCUUUCUUUCUUUUAUUUCUUUUCUUUAUUUUUUCUUUCUUUUUUUCUUUCUUACCUUCUUUUAUUUCUUUCUUUAGUUUCUCUUUCUUUUUCUUUCUUACCUUCUUUAUUUCUUUCUUUAGUUUCUCUUUCUUUUUUCUUUCUUACCUUCUUUAUUUCUUUCUUUAGUUUCUCUUUCUUUUUUCUUUCUUACUUUCUUUAUUUCUUUCUUUAG